GCGCUCCCCGCGCGCCGCCGGAAGUGCCCGCCUCCCACCGCCAUUGGCCGCGCUGCCCGGAAGCGCCGGGAGUCCCGUGUCCCGGCGCCGCACCAUGGGCGGCCGCUGAGCCCCGCCGCCACCGAAAAAUGAGUGGUGGAUUGGCACCAAGCAAAAGCACCGUGUAUGUAUCCAAUUUGCCCUUUGCUUUGACAAACAACGAUUUGUACAGGAUAUUUUCAAAGUAUGGGAAAGUUGUCAAAGUUACUAUUAUGAAAGACAAAGACACCAGGAAGAGCAAAGGGGUUGCCUUUAUUUUGUUUUUGGAUAAAGAAUCUGCACAAAACUGUUCUCGGGCACUUAAUAACAAACAGUUGUUUGGAAGAGUAAUAAAAGCAAGUAUUGCCAUUGAUAACGGAAGAGCAGCAGAAUUCAUUCGCAGACGUAACUACUUCGAUAAGUCCAAGUGUUACGAAUGUGGGGAAGCAGGACACUUAAGUUAUGCUUGUCCCAAAAAUAUGCUAGGGGAGCGGGAGCCACCAAAAAAAAAAGAAAAGAAGAAGAGAAAGAAAAUAGUUGAGCCAGAGGAAAUUGAGGAGGAAGACGAAAGCGAAGAGGAAGGAGAAGAUCCUGCUCUAGAUAGCCUCAGCCAAGCCAUAGCUUUUCAGCAAGCCAAAAUUGAGGAAGAGCAACAAAGAUGGACGCAGACUGCAGGGGAAUCUUCAAUUUCAGAUGAUUCAAAACGUCCACGGAUUAAGAAAAGUGCUUAUUUCAGUGAUGAGGAAGAACUCAGUGAUUGAAAUAAUACUGUUUUAUAUGCAUGUAAUAUAUAUACUGUACAUUUUGUAAAGUGCUACAGAGUUAUCUGUAAUACAGGUUUGUCUUGGUGUUGAAGACACUUACUGAAUAUCAUGUUGUAGUUGUUCCUUGAACCUCCAGAGUUUUGAUACCUCUCUCUCUCAAAACUUCACCCUUCAAAGCAGCUUCUUAAGAUAACAAUCUAUUUCUACACUUAAAUUCAGAAAAACAUUGAGGAGAAUGCUUCUUGCAGUUAGUAUCCAGACCUAAACCCUGGGAAUGAAUUUUUUUCUAGGAGAAUUCCCUGAGCUAUUUUUUCUAGAAGUUCCUCUUAUCAUUACUGUUAGCACCACUGAUACUUUAUGUUUUGGUCUGUUUAUUGCUUGUUUGGAAGCAGUGCUUUAGUAGUAACUCAGUAGUGUAUGAACCUUGCACUAGUUCCUCUGCAUAGGGUUGAAUUUCAGCCUUGGUCAUUGUACCAGUCUUUUAACUUUCCAUGCAGUUAUAUAAUAAAUUUAUAAGUCAUAUAA